AUGGGUCGUUUAGCUACCAGAUUUCUGUUGCUGUUUGGUAAUAGUUUGCUUGACAUGCAGAUUAUGCAAUGUACAUACGCCUUUGGUACCGCGGCCGAGGAAAUCUUCUAUGGCUAUCUCUUCCACGUUGUGCCCAAGGAGAAUUAUCAGAAGCUAACGUCGAUGAACCUGGCGUCUCAUGUUUUUUCCCAUAUGAUAUCUGGUAUAGUAGGUGAUGUUAUGAUCAAUGCUUGCCACAUGAGUCAAACCUCUCUCAUGUGGGUUUCGGCUGCUUCGGUUAUUGUUGCUGCUAUCAUAGCGCUUUUCCUCACUGGUGUUAAGCGCGACAAAGCUCCUAGGCCUAAGGAGGUGUGGAAGGCUAUGAAGUGGGCUUAUGAGGAUAAGGUUUAUGUUCUUAUUCUGUUCUGGUGGAUAUUCGGCAAUUGCGCCUAUGGUCUUAUCGAUGGUUAUGAAGCUUCACU